CUGUUCUUGUGACUUACCAGUCAGCUGGAAUUGUUUGUUGUCACCAAGAUGGAGUUUUUAUUGGGGAACCCGUACAGCACCCCGGUCGGCCAGUGUAUAGAAAAGGCCACAGAUGGCUCGCUGCAGAGCGAAGACUGGACCCUCAACAUGGAGAUUUGCGACAUCAUCAACGAGACUGAGGAGGGCCCCAAGGAUGCCAUCAGGGCUGUGAAAAAGAGGCUGAAUGGGAAUAAAAACUACCGAGAGGUGAUGCUGGCACUAACAGUGUUGGAGACAUGCGUGAAAAACUGUGGUCACCGCUUUCAUGUCCUUGUUGCCAACCGGGACUUCAUCGAUGGUGUUCUUGUUAAGAUCAUCUCCCCUAAAACCAACCCGCCGGCUAUAGUGCAAGACAAAGUCUUGGCCUUAAUCCAAGCCUGGGCAGAUGCUUUCAGGAGUAGUCCAGAUCUGACAGGCGUGGUCCACAUCUAUGAGGAGCUGAAGAGGAAAGGAGUUGAGUUCCCGAUGGCCGACCUUGAUGCGCUGUCUCCCAUCCACACACCUCAGAGGGGUGUCCCUGAGGUUGACCCAGCCACCCACAAGUACAAGGCUGCCCCAGCCCCCCACCACACAGGCACCGUUCCCCUGGUCUCCUCUGCCGUCCCGCCCACGCACAACAACCCGCAGAUUCCAAACCUGCAGAUGUCUGGCUCAAUUAAUGUCAAUGCUGAACAGAUUGCCAGGCUGCGAAGCGAGCUGGAUGUUGUGCGUGGCAACGCCAAAGUAAUGUCUGAGAUGCUCACAGAAAUGGUGCCCGGACAGGAGGACCCAUCAGACCUUGAGCUCCUGCAGGAGCUGAACCGUACGUGCAGGGCUAUGCAGCAGCGAAUUGUGGAGCUCAUCUCACGUGUUUCAAAUGAGGAAGUGACUGAGGAACUACUGCAUGUCAACGACGACCUCAACAACAUAUUCCUGCGGUAUGAGAGGUAUGAGCGAUACCGGUCAGGCAGAGCUGCUCAGAGCGCCAAUAAUGGGGUGCUCAGUGAGGCCACAGAGGACAACCUGAUUGAUCUGGGGCCAGGUUCUCCAGCCGUAGUGAGCCCCAUGGUUGCUGCUGUCCCUGCUACCUCCACCACAGCCACCUCGCUCUCGACGCAGCUUGCUGGACUUGAUGUGGCUGGCGACAGCGUGAGUGGGACCCUGAGCUCUUUGACCAGCUGCAACCCCCCGGAUGACUUUGACAUGUUCGCCCAGACCAGAGGCAGCUCUCUGGCUGACCAGCGCAAGAACGUGAAGUAUGAAGACCCACAAGCUCUUGGUGGCCUGGCCUCGGCACUGGAUGUCAGACAACACAACACUGCAGGGCGACGGUUAAAGGGUGCUAACGCAGAAUUGGAGCCAAUAGACAGCUGGCUUAUUACCCAAGGAAUGGUCCCUGUCGAGCAGUCCUCUGUCAUGGAUGACAUAGAGGAGUGGCUCUGUACCGACGUGAGAGGUGACAUGGCUGACGAAGGCGUGACAAGUGAAGAGUUUGACAAGUUCCUAGAAGAGAGGGCCAAAGCUGCAGAAACAAGUUUACCGUCGCCACCUAGUGGAGAGCCGACUGCGCCCACGAGUGCUCCCACCGGCAGCCGCAAGAAAGCCGAGCGAUCCGAAGAUGCCCUGUUUGCCUUGUAGGAUUACCUGAGCAAACUUGGAUGCCCUCGCAUCUGAGCCCAGCCUCUGACCCCCCAAGCACACAGAACAUCCCCCAAUCCUGCCAUGUAGCCCCAUAUAUGUACAACUGCUGUACAGGCCCAGCUUAAUCAUGCCUCGCAAGGGGGAGCACAGGUACAAGUUGCCAUGCACCAGUCAGCAUUCUGAUCUCAUCUGAUCUCACUUUCUUUUUUAAAACAUAUGAUUUUAAUUUCAUGUUAACACUGUGGAAAGGGUGGGGGAAUCUACCCUGUUUUAGUCUCCCAAGUCAAAUAUCAGUAGAACUAUUCAGCAAAAGCAGCUUAUCAGUUAACACCUGUAAACGACAUGCUCCUAUUAGGAAAUCAUUUAAUGCACGGUUGUACUUUUAUUCUGUUCACUUUUUCUAAUUUAGUCAUUUUUCUGUGUUCCUGCUAACUGCUCUUCACCACUGCGUUUGCAAAGAGACUGAUGUUUCUUCAGUGGCUACAACCAGGAAAGUGUUCAGCUGACCAUUUUCUGUGCCUGUGUGCAUCUUUGUGUGUGUAUGUCUGCGAUGACCGAGAGUGAUGAGGAACGGGAGUUAGACCUACACCUGACCGCACACGCUCACAUCAGAUUGUGUUCGCAAAAGGACAGUUAAAAACUUGAGCACAGGCUUUGCUUUCCUUUCUGUUUCUGUCACCAUGUACCAGCACUCACCCCUGUCCGUCCCUGUCGCAGCAUUUGGUAUUGUACAGGUGUAAAUAAUCUUGAAGAUGCCUUUGCUGCCGUUUCACGCAUUCAGAGGUGUUUUUGUGUCCCUUGUGAGAAACAUGGGGCAGUUUGGACGUGCUUUAUGUCUGGCUGCAAAUCUAUCCCUCUAUGUCUCUUGGGUCAUCCACAUGCCAGAUGUGAAAUGAUGAAACCAUUUAAUUACUUUUUUGACAGACUGUGUUUUAACAACAGAAUAACUGAGGUGGAUUUGUUAUGUUAUUUAAAGUAUUUUAGUCAUUUGUUAGAGUAAAAUCCCCCUUUUAAGUGUUUCGUUUAGCUGCUUUAUUAGAAUCAUUUUCAGUAUUAGCAAUAUGUCUCUUGUGUUCAUAAUGUGCUGUGUGUGGUAAAGUGGGAAUUGGUUUCUCUUACAUGGACAAGUUGUCUGUACUUCAGUCCAUUUUUUUUGAUAAAGCUUACUUAAAACAAAUACCCUGAUAAUGAAUAUUGCCAUAAAUAAGAAACUGACCCAAAUCAUGACAAUAAAUAAGGCAAAGAAUGUAGGAAAGGAAAAAAUGCACUGAAAUUUAAUCAACUAUUGUGUAUAGUGUCAUUUGAAAGCUUUAUUUUACUGACAGUUUUUUUUGCCUGUAUACAUAGUUCUGUAUAUACAUAAGGAAGCUUAUUGAACAAGUGUACAGUUAUAGCAGAAUUAAAGUGGAAGUUGUUCAUGAACUGUUUCACUGAACUGCCAGCUGUUCCCUUCAUCAUUCCAUUUUUAUAAUUUAACAAUUUCUUCACAUAUUUAAUGGAAAAAUUAAGAAGUCCCCUGCUAUACAUUAAUUUCUAAAAUGUCGUUAUUCAGUAAGUUUUUUUUUUUUU